AUGGGUAACCCUCAGGACCAAGUAUAUCCUCAACAACAAGCAGCUCGAUCGAGUCAGGUGCCACAACAUGGGUAUGGUCAAAAGAACAAUUACCAAGGACCACAAGGCACUUUCCCUGGACAACAAAUGAAUAUCCCACCAGGCUUUCCGCACCAACCGCCCCAGCCUGCACCUUCACAAGAGAAUGAGCUUAAGGCAAUGCUAAAGCAACUACUUCAAGGGCAAGCUGAUGGGGUAGUGGACACAAGCAAGAAGCUAGCUGAAAUAAACUCUAAGAUCGAGAACGUCAACACAAGGGUUUACUCUCUGGAGAAUCAUGCUUCUUCUGUUGCUGCUGCUACAAAGCAAGGACACCUACCUGGUAAAGCUAUUCAGGACCCCAAGGAACAGUGCAAGGUCUUUUGGAGCAUUCUGGAGCAUAUUGGACAUGAGGAGCAUGGAGGGACUUGGCGCAUGGAAGCAGCUCAACUGGACACGCAAAGGAAGAAGGGAGAAGCCAUCUUGAAGACCAGCUCGACCGUCCACUCGACCGGCCAAGCUUCAACUCGAUCGAGCUGA